AUGUCACGCAAACUCACCCUCGCAGCAGCCCAGAUGGGCGCAACACAUCUCACCUCUUCUCGAUCCGAAACACUCCAACGAAUGCUCAAGCUCUUACAGGAAGCAGCAUCCCAAGACGCACAUAUCCUCCUCUUCCCCGAAAUCGCAUUUACCACAUUCUUCCCUCGACACCUCAUCAACGACCAGACGGAGCUAGACUCUUUCUUUGAGCAAGGCGACAUCACAACAUCACCUCAAACCGCUCCCCUCUUCCAAAAGGCGAGAGAGCUCAACAUCGACAUCGUCGUUGGAUUCGCAGAGCUCUGUCCCAAUAAUGACCGUUUCAACUCAUGUAUCUACUACCACGCCCAAUCUGGAUCGAUCCUCUCCAAGUACCGCAAGAUCCACCUCCCAGGCGACUUUGAGCCCUUUCCCGAUCCCGAAGCCACAAAUCAACUGGAGAAGAGAUACUUCAAACCCGGCGAUCUAGGGUUCGAAGCCUUCCGCGUGCCAGAUCUCGAAGGAGAACCCAUCGUCGGCAUGUUGAUCUGCAAUGACCGCCGCUGGCCCGAAGCGUGGCGGUGUCUAGGACUGCAAGGCGUUCAAGUCGUAUUCUGUGGGUACAACACUGCUGGCUACGCGCCUGAGCUCUGGGGAUCAGACCCUUCACAAACACCCGAAGCCGCGGAAGAAGAUGCCCUAUUUCAACAUAAGCUCGUGAUGCAGAGUAAUUCGUACAUGAAUUCCACAUUCUCAGUCUGUGCGGCGAGAUGUGGCUUCGACGAUGGAAGGUAUAAUCUCAUUGCAGGCAGCUGUAUUAUCGAUCCAAACGGCAGGAUAGUUGCUGAGGCCAAGACGAAAGAGGAUGAGAUUGUUGUUGCAGAGGUGGACUUGGACAGGUGUGAACCGGGGAAAAAGAGGACUUUUGACUUUGAACGACACAGGAGGGUGGAACACUAUAGCAGGAUCACGGAACGGACGGGAGUCGUAGAACCUCCCAAGCUCCACGAGAGGAAACCAUCCAAGCCCGUGGUCGCCAUUCCCACGAAGAACGACGGUAUCGUGGAGAUCGACCAAGAGCCUCAAACCAACGGCAACACCAUCGCACACACUGCCAACGGUGGGAAUGGAAAAGAAAUCCGCAUCCUCCUCGUCAACCCCAACGCCACCGAGUCCAUGACCGAAGCCUGCAUCUCCUCCGUCCAACCCACCCUCCCACCCAACGUCUCCGUCCACCCCUUCACCGGCCCUCCCAACCUCGCCCCCACCGCAAUCGAGGGCCACUUCGACGCCGUCCUCUCCUCCGCCGCCUGCGCCCGCGCCCUCAUCCCCCUCCAAGAAAGCGAAAACUACAACGCAAUCCUGGUAGCCUGCUACUCCGACCAUCCCUUAACCAAAAUGCUCCGAGAAGAAUUCGAAAUCCCCGUCCUGGGAAUUUUCGAAGCCAGCCUGCUGCACGCGCGACUCCUCGGCGGCCGAUUCGGCAUCGUAGCCACCGGGAAGCGCAGCGUCGUGAUGCAUGCGGACGCCGUGCGCGCGCUGGGCAUGACGCCUUUCUGCGCCGGCAUCGAAGCUUGCGAUCUCGGGGUGCUGGAUCUGGAACGUCUACCGCGGGCGCACGUCGUGCGGAGAAUGCGAGAGGUCGCGGGGAAGUUGGUAGCGCAGGGCGCGGAGGUGCUGACGUUGGGAUGCGCGGGCAUGACGGGUAUGAAGAGUGCUCUGGACGACGCGGUCGGGGGUGAUGGGGUCCGGGUGGUUGAUGGGGUGGUUGCUGGCGUGCAGCUCUUGGCGGGGAUGGUGAAAACGGGGGGCAAGACGAGUAAGGUGGGGGUUUGGAAGAGUUCGAAGGUGGGGAGGGAGAGGAGGGGGCAGGAGUAUGUGUAA